GAGAUUUGCCUCUGAAUGGUUAAGUAUUAUACAGAGUCUGAAUGGUUAAGACCUCUUAUCUGAAUUGAUCAGACAUUUGCCUCUGAAUAGUUAAGCAAUAUACUAGCUCUUAAUGGUUCAGACCUCUUACUGGUUCAGCACUUAAUGGUUCAAACCUCUUACUGGUUCAGCACUUACCUAUUCGAACUUUUGCUGAUUCCCUCUCUCUAUUAGGUCUUCUCGCUUAAUUCAGAUCCAAAACACCGAAAAUUGGGAUUCAAAGGUGAGAUUCAAGAUUCGAUGUGAAAAUUUUCAUCGGCACUACUCAUUGCUGCUUGGAAUGACCCAAGAGCAUCAACAACGGAGGUAAAAGCUCACACCUUUGGGUAAGAUACAAGCAUGGAAACAGGAUGCGCCUUCUGAUUCUGUUCUAGAAUCAUUGUAAAAAGUACAAAGCAGGAUUUUGGUGCUCCACAUGGAGGUACAAAGUAGAAUGCUCACCUUCAUCUACUCAUAAUUGUACCGUAAAAAGUGUCUGACAAAACCUCCAUCUUUUAUAUUCGAAUUUGAUUGCAUAAAUGGGGUUCUUCAUAAUCACAAGAUUUGUUGAAUGAUUAGAAGUUGCUAAACAAAUAGAUAUCUUUGCCAAACGACUGAGGUGGGAGCGGCUCAUGAUCAUGCGAGCCGAAUCUAGUCUGCCACUGACUAUUGAGUUUUUGUUCUCCGUUCCCUAGAGGUGGAGCUAUCUUAUGGCUCGCGGAUGCUGAAUCUCCAUGCCAUUGACUCUCAUACGACUCUAGCCUUCACCCUCUUCGGGCAUGGAAAUCUCCUGACAGUUAGAGAGCUAGCAGUGCAUCUAGGUCUCUACACUUGGGAAGAGACGAUGGAGCAGGCGUUCCAUGAUGCACCCUUCAUUUUGCCUGAAGACGUCAAUCAGGCUACUUUUUGGGCUCAACACUCUUCUGACCUGAAGUCGUUUGAUGCUAUGGGCUUGGCAAGGAGGUUGGGGUCCAGCUCUUCCGAGAGCAACACUGCCUCCUCUUCUAUGCCACUCACGACAGGAGCAUCUUUCCAGCCUUCGUCUAAGAGAGCCGCUCGUCGAUGCCUAGCCACCUCCCGAGCCACAACAUCUACUUCCCAGGAAGAGCCCACCCCUGAAUGGAGCCAAAGGAUAUUGGAGCACCAGGAGACCAUCAUUCGGACUAUGGCCACUAUGGAGCACCACCAGACCUCCUAGACUGAGAGCUUUGCUUAGUUGCGGAACUUCUUCUCUAGCUUCUAUACAAAUGUACACACUGGUUUGACGCCCUUUCCUCCUGAGGGCGAUGAUCCCUCAUCCUCUGCACCCCGCAGUGAUUUCUCUUUUUCUCUUUCAUGAACAUCUUAUUCUUCUUAUUUUUUCUCCGGUAACAUUUAUUUAUGAGCUUGUUUUAUUUCUAUUUAAUUCACUUGUUUGAAUAAUUGAUGUGUGUUAUU